AUGCGCAUUAGCCACUUGCUUUUCCCACACCUUCUGAUUGGUACGGGCAUCUGGGGCACUCUCUUGAAUCAUUCGCAUCAACCCACCGGGGAUCAGGUGGGCCAUAUCGAGGCCCUCUCCGACUCCUCCAUGGCCGUCUGCCUGUUGUUUGUUUGCUUUGUCUUCUUUGCAUCUUCUGCAGUGUUUUCUUUGAUUGUCAAUCGAUCAAACUAUUCCUACAUUGCAUUCCACCAUAGCCUAACUGCUCUGCAUUGUAUCAACGGAACACCGGAUCGACACCCGAACUCUCUUCGAGCCAUACUUUGUUCCGCAGUCUCCUUGCCAAUCAUAUCUGAUCCGCCUGGCACCCGUUAG